CACGUAUAUUCAGGAGACCAAAAUGCCUUCUCACCCCCAGGUGUUCGGACUGUCCCUGUCGAAACUAUAGAAAAAUCGUCAGGUUCGAAACAAUAUCAAAAUACAACCAACAGAUGGCGCCAUCCCCCCAACAGUCCCCGGGUCUGGUCGAUGUGGUUCCCUUUGGUUCCUCCUCUGCCUUGUCCUCCAGUCCCGCUCCGGUUCUCCAGCGAGGAUGUGAGUGUGUGAGCGGCAGCGCGCGGGCCUCCCUCAGCUUAACACCGCGGUCGGCUCUGGAUGUCGAUCCCCAGCUGCCGCUGCUACGGUCGGCCAUGUUGGCGAGCGACGCUGGAUGUGCGAGCAGUGGAGGGAAGUAGACGCGUCUGAGAAGUGGACUCACUCUGAUAUACCCCCCAAAAAUGCUGCUCCAUCUUGGCGUGUCGGGACCAGAAGACCCCAGUCUGAGUUGAACCCGAGCAGGACGUUAUGAUGAAGGCCUGGAGGAACCGUGAGUAAUCAUCUGGUGGGUAACGGAACCAGGACCGAGGAACAAGGAGGGGAAGGCGGGUUUGUGAAGCAGGGUUACAUGAUGGGCUGCAUUAAGAGCAAAGAGGACAAAGGCCCGUCCAUGAAGUACCGCUCUGAGAACCUCCCCAACUCUGAUCCCAGCGCCACCGCUCAGCAUGUGGGCCAUUACGGGCCGGAGCCGACUCAGCUGCAGCAGAAUCAGCUUCCUUCGUCCUGCUCCAUCUCCGGGACAGCUAACUUUAAUCACACUAUCACGCCGUUUGGUGGCUCCUCGGCUGCUAUGACGCCGUUUGGUGGGGCUUCAUCCUCCUUCACUGGCCCGGUGUCCAACUCCUUCUCUGGUGCUGUCCCCAGCGGCGUGACGUUCUUCGUGGCCUUGUAUGACUAUGAAGCUCGCACGUCCGACGAUCUGUCUUUCAAAAAGGGAGAUCGUUUCCAAAUCAUCAACAAUACAGAGGGUGACUGGUGGGAAGCUCGCUCUAUCAACACGGGGAGAAAAGGCUACAUUCCCAGUAAUUAUGUGGCCCCUGCUGACUCCAUACAAGCAGAGGAGUGGUAUUUUGGGAAAAUGGGGCGUAAAGAUGCAGAGCGGUUGCUGCUGAAUCCUGGGAAUCAUCGGGGAACUUUCCUCGUGCGGGAAAGUGAAACCACUAAAGGCGCUUACUCCCUGUCGAUUCGGGACUGGGACGAAACCAAAGGAGACAACGUGAAACACUAUAAGAUCCGAAAGCUGGACAACGGUGGAUACUACAUCACGACAAGAGCUCAGUUUGACACGUUACAGAAGCUUGUCAAACACUACACAGAACAUGCUGAUGGACUUUGCCACCGACUCACCACAGUCUGCCCCACCGUCAAACCUCAAACUCAAGGCCUUGCCAAAGACGCCUGGGAGAUCCCUCGUGAGUCCCUGCGUCUGGAGCUGAAACUGGGCCAGGGCUGCUUCGGAGAGGUCUGGAUGGGCACAUGGAACGGUACGACCAAAGUGGCUAUAAAGACUCUGAAGCCGGGGACCAUGUCGCCCGAGGCCUUCCUGCAAGAGGCCCAGAUCAUGAAGAAGCUCCGACAUGACAAGCUGGUGCCUCUUUACGCCGUCGUGUCUGAAGAGCCCAUCUAUAUCGUCACAGAGUACAUGGCCAAAGGGAGUCUGCUUGACUUUCUCAAAGAAGGUGAUGGAAAAUUCCUGAAGCUUCCGAUCCUGGUGGACAUGGCUGCUCAGAUUGCGGACGGCAUGGCGUUCAUCGAGAGGAUGAACUACAUUCACCGGGACCUGCGUGCUGCCAACAUCCUGGUCGGGGACAAUCUGGUGUGCAAGAUUGCAGACUUUGGUCUCGCCAGGUUGAUAGAGGACAAUGAGUACACAGCAAGGCAAGGAGCUAAAUUCCCCAUCAAGUGGACGGCACCCGAGGCGGCUCUGUACGGAAAAUUCACCAUCAAGUCUGACGCCUGGUCCUUCGGGAUCCUGAUGACGGAGCUGGUCACCAAAGGCAGAGUGCCGUACCCAGGCAUGGUGAACCGGGAGGUGCUGGAGCAAGUGGAGCGAGGGUACCGGAUGCCGUGUCCCCAGGGUUGCCCCGAAUCCCUUCAUGAGAUGAUGAAGCUGUGCUGGAAGAAAGAUCCAGAUGAGAGACCCACAUUUGAGUACCUGCAGUCCUUCCUGGAGGAUUAUUUCACGGCCACUGAGCCGCAGUACCAGCCUGGAGAGAACCUAUAGCGCCCCUAACUUGAGUGGAGUUGUUCGAGCUGGGCGUAUUUACAGUCACCAUCACUCAUUUCAGAUUGCAUUCAUGUUAGCACACACUCAAUGAAUGUACUCCCAUACUUGUGUAACAUAACUGCUGACUUCAUAUCUCUUAUAACUCGACCAGUGAUAACAAACUUUUUAAUAUUGACAGCAAAUAAUAUAUGAUUCCAAUAUGACUUUUUGUUUUUAUACUUGUAAGCCUUUGAUGACUUGUUUACACCUACAGUCUUCUUUACCCGUGUGACCCUUUACUGUCACGAGAGUUCCUCUGAAACAUUUCUCCUUUAGCUCCUGGACUUCUUGUCUCGAUCUGCCCAUCACACUGUGAUCACCCUUGAGUAGGGCUGGACUUUCACAUAUCUACCCCAAGAGGGCGCUGCUCUUAUAACUAUCCGUGGUCAACCAUUCAGAAACAGCAAGAAGCCAUAGAGGGAGAUGACCGGAGUUCCUGCUUUUACAUGGGACUGGACUGUGGAUUCCUGUGUUACUGAGUCCACCUGUGCUCUAGUCUUUGUACAGCAAUACUAUACAACUUUUUAUAAAGCACUUCCCUGAAUGGACUUAUCAGGACUGUAUUUUACUGGGAACAACUCUCCUUGUGUUGCUUUCUAUACCAAGAUAACUCCCCCUUUUGUAAGACCGUACUAAUGUGGCGACUGUGGAAGCAGUUUUUACAGUAAAAGUCUUGUGUUAAAUUUUGCUGUCAUCUGUUGCUGCAUUCUGUGCUUCUUUAAAGUCCAGUUAAGCUCAUGACAGUCAGCUAGACUCCAGCAGCAGUUGCUCAUGGCAUAACUCUUGGAUGCUGUUUGGCUUGUCAGCUUAAGUCUUUCACCUAGUGAACUAACCAUAACCCAAUAUGUGGGGGUGUUUUGCGAGAAAGAGGAUGUGCAGAAAUUCUCAAGAAAAUGAGACAGUACCAGGUAAGAGGUCAGAUUUCCAUUCUGACCUUGGGGUGAACCAUGUUGUCAGCACUGAACUGGGUUCAUGAAGCUUGAAAGACUUGUUGAUCCUGA